GGCGCUGCACGCCGCCCGCUCGGUCCCACACAAAGAGGAGGGCGGCUGUGGCGGCCACGGCUCCCGCCCGCAGCCCACCGGCUCCGCGGCACCACAUGGCGGUAGUGGUGCGGGCGCGCCCGGCGCCGCCUCCGCGAAGCUAGGCCAGGGCGACCCGCGGCUCCCGCCUCUACUCGCUGCUCUCCCGCCCGGCCCGGCUGACCUCGUCCGUCCCCGCCGCCCGCGGGAGGAGCGGAGCGGGGCCCUGCACGGCCCCGCCAUGCUGCCGCCGGGCCGCCGCGCUCUCUGUCGUCCACCACGCCGCCGUCGCCCGGCCGAGCUCCUGCCCGCGCUCCUGCUCUUGACGGCGCUGGGGGGCGGCGGUGGCGCCGCGCUGCCCCCAGGCUGCAAGUACGACGGUCGCCCCAAGAGCGCCGGCAAAGCGUCGGCGGCCGGUGCCCCGGUGGAGGUGAAAGUAGUUUGCAGCAACUUGGAGCUCGCUCAGGUUUUGCCUCCCGAGACGCUGCCUAACCGGACGGUCACCCUGAUCCUGAGUAACAAUAAAAUAACAGAGUUGAAGAAUGGCUCUUUCUCUGGAUUACACCUUCUUGAAAGAUUAGACCUCAAGAACAACCUUAUUAGUACGAUAGAUCCAGGAGCUUUUCUGGGGCUUUCAUCUCUGAAAAGACUAGACUUAACUAAUAACAGAAUAGGCUGCCUGAAUGCAGAUAUAUUUAGAGGACUUGUAAAUCUUAUUAGAUUGAAUCUUUCUGGAAAUCAGUUUUCUACACUUACACAGGGAACAUUUGAUCAUCUUGGUUCACUAAAGUCUCUAGAAUUUCAGACUGAUUAUCUUCUUUGUGAUUGCAACAUACUGUGGAUGCAUCAAUGGUUAAAAGAAAGAAACAUAACUGUACGUGAAACUAAAUGUGCCUAUCCCAAGUCACUUCAGUCACAGACAGUGACUGGUGUUAAGCAGGAGCUUCUAACCUGCGAACCGCCACUUGAAUUACCAUCUUUCUAUAUGACUCCAUCUCACCGUCAGGUUGUGUUUGAAGGAGAUAGCCUACCCUUCCAGUGUAUGGCUUCAUAUAUUGAUCAAGAUAUGCAAGUCUUGUGGUAUCAGGAUGGAAAGAUAGUGGAAACUGAUGAGUCCCAGGGUAUUUUUGUUGAAAAAAACAUGAUUCAUAACUGCUCUCUGAUUGCAAGUGCUCUGACAAUCUCAAACAUUCAGGCUGGCUCCACAGGAAACUGGGGUUGCCAUGUACAAACCAGACGUGGGAAUAACACAAGGACAGUAGACAUUGUGGUGUUAGAAAGUUCUGCGCAGUACUGCCCUCCAGAGAGGGUUGUGAACAAUAAAGGGGAUUUCAGGUGGCCUAGAACAUUGGCAGGCAUCACAGCAUACCUGCUGUGUACACGGUAUUCUGCUGGCAGUGGGAUAUAUCCUGGCAACUCACAAGAUGAGAGAAGAGCCUGGCGCAGAUGCGACAGGGGAGGGUACUGGGCCGAAGAGGACUACUCCAGGUGCCAGUAUGCAAAUGAUGUGACUAGAGUUCUUUAUAUGUUCAAUCAGAUGCCGCUCAACCUUACUAAUGCAGUGGCAACAGCAAGACAGCUCUUGGCUUACACUGUUGAAGCAGCAAAUUUUUCUGAUAAGAUGGAUGUUAUUUUUGUGGCUGAAAUGAUAGAGAAAUUUGGAAGAUUUGCUGAAAAAUAUAAAGAGCUUGGUGACGUGAUGGUGGACAUAGCAAGUAACAUUAUGUUAGCCGAUGAACGUGUUCUGUGGAUGGCACAAAGGGAAGCCAAGGCUUGCACUAGGAUUGUACAGUGUCUACAGAAAAUUGCUAUGUAUCGGCUUGCAAAUGGAGCUCAAGUUUAUUCUACUUAUUCUCCAAAUAUUGCUCUUGAGGCUUACGUAAUAAAGGCUGCUGGUUUCACUGGGAUGACAUGCACCGUAUUUCAGAAAGUGGCUACAUCAGACCGUACAGGACUCAGUGAUUAUGGGAGAAGAGAUCCAGAUGGAAAUCUAGAUAAACAAUUAAGCUUUAAGUGCAACGUUUCAAAUACACUGUCAAGUCUGGCUUUAAAGAACACAGUUGUAGAGGCUUCUAUCCAGUUGCCAGCUUCUCUCUUCACCCAAAAGCAAAAAAGAGAAAUCAGACCAGCAGAUGAAUCUGUCUGCAAGCUUCAGCUUAUUGCAUUUCGCAAUGGAAAGCUUUUUCCAGCAACAGGAAAUUCCACAAAUCUGGCUGACGAUGGGAAACGUCGUACAGUUGUAACACCAGUUAUUCUUACCAAGAUAGAUGGUUUAAACCUAGCCAGUCACCACGUUCCUAUAAAUGUGACACUGCGGCGCAUUGCACAUGGAGCAGAUGCUGUUGCAGCUCAGUGGGACUUUGAUCUACUGAACGGACAAGGGGGAUGGAAAUCUGAUGGUUGCCGCAUUCUUCUGUCCGAUGAAAACAUUACUACCAUUCAGUGCUACUCCCUCAGCAACUAUGCUGUUUUAAUGGACUUGACGGGAGCUGAAUUAUAUACGCAGCCAGCUGAUCUUUUGCACCCAGUAAUUUAUGCCACUGCCGUGGUUUUGCUAAUGUGUCUGUUGAUGAUCAUAGUCAGUUACAUAUACCAUCACAGUGUGAUCAGGAUCAGUGUGAAAAGCUGGCAUAUGCUAGUUAACCUGAGCUUUCAUAUUUUCCUGACAUGUGUGAUGUUUAUUGGAGGCAUAACUCAGACCAGGAAUGCCAGCAUUUGCCAAGCAGUUGGGAUAAUUCUCCAUUAUUCCACUCUUGCGACAGUACUGUGGCUGGGAGUGACAUCUCGUAAUAUUUACAAGCAAGUAACCAAAAAAGCAAAAAGAUGUCAAGAUCCUGAUGAGCCACCUCCUCCACCCAGACCAAUGCUGAGGUUCUACCUUAUUGGUGGAGGGAUCCCUAUCAUAGUCUGUGGAAUAACAGCAGCAGCAAACAUCCGAAAUUAUGGCAGCAGACCUAAUGCUCCUUAUUGCUGGAUGACGUGGGAGCCUAGCUUAGGAGCAUUUUAUGGACCAGCUAGCUUUAUAAUUUUCAUCAACUGUAUGUAUUUUCUCAGCAUAUUCAUACAACUAAAACGUCACCCUGAACGUAAAUACGAACUUAAGGAACCUGUUGAGGAGCAGCAGCGUCUGGCCACCAGUGAACACGGAGAACUGGCUCAUCAAGAUUCGCUGUCGGUGUCACUAGUUUCCACAUCGGCUUUGGAGAACGAGCACAGUUUUCAAUCACAGCUGCUGGGAGUGGGCCUGACUUUGCUUUUGUAUGUUGCUUUGUGGAUCUUUGGAGCUCUGUCAGUUUCCCUGUAUUAUCCCAUGGACCUGAUCUUCAGCUGUUUUUUUGGGGCAACGUGUUUAGGCUUCAGUGCCUUCCUUAUGGUGCACCAUUGCAUUAACAGGGAAGAUGUAAGGCACGCUUGGAUAACGACUUGCUGCCCUGGAAGGAGUACAUAUUCAGUGCAAGUAAAUGUGCAGCCAGCCAGUUCCAGUGGAAGCAAUGGAGAAGCCCCUAAGUGCACUAACAGUAGUGCAGAAUCUUCAUGCACAAAUAAAAGUGCAUCAAGCCUAAAAAAUUCUUCUCAAGGUUGUAAACUAACUAACUUGCAAGCUGCAGCAGCUCAGUGCCACCCUACUUCUCUGCCAUUGAGCACAGGUCCUCAGCUUGAUAACAGCCUCACUGAACAUUCAGUGGAUAACGAUAUCAAAAUGCAUGUAGCUCCCUUAGAGGUACAGUUUCGGACAAAUGGACACCCAAGUCGGCACCAUAAGAACAGAAGCAAGGGGCAUCGUGCUAGCAGGCUUGCAGUGUUGAGAGAAUACGCGUAUGAUGUUCCCACAAGUGUGGAAGGAAGUGUGCAAAACGGCUUACCUAAAAGUCGACAAAGCAACAUCGAAGGGCAUUCAAGGAGCCGAAGAGCCUACUUGGCAUAUAGAGAACGUCAGUAUAACCAGUCCCAACAAGACAGCAGUGAUGCUUGCAGUACGCUUCCAAAAAGUAGCAGAAAUACUGAAAAAACAAUAGCUACCAACAACAAAAAAGAUAUUCUGAGGAAACCCAUAGCGGUUGAACUUGAAAACCAACAAAAAUCUUAUGGCUUAAAUUUAGCCAUUCAGAAUGGACCACUUAAAAGCAGUGGACAGGAUGGACCCUUGCUCACUGCAGACGGUACUGGUAAUAUUAGAACUGGGUUAUGGAAACACGAAACUACUGUGUAGCGGCAUAAUUCAUUGAGGGAUGAAUCCAUACAAACUGUGAUUACACAUUCCUUAAAGCUGUUAACACUUUCGAAGACUGUUUACAAACUCUAGGUACUUUAUGCAGGGAGGGAACAAAGAUAACCUACCAAGCAAAAGACUAUCCUUUAUUAUCUUUGCUGUUCUUACAAAGAUGAACUGUUGGUAUUUUGUGACUUUUUUUGGAAGCAUCAGUCUUGAGGGAUGCAGAACACAGCUUUGUACAUUUUUAUUUUUUACCUGUAACCCUGCAGAUGUGUCCACAACACAUUUCAAAUUUGUAUUUAAAUGUAUAAUAAAUAGUAUUUUCCCCAGCA